AUUUGUAAUUCUUUAGUUAGUGAACUUGCAUUACAACAACCAGAAACGAACACCCUGGCUCCUAGGAAACGGUAAACACUGCCGAGGUUGUGAACAAGACACUCUACCCUUUGCAGAGCAUUUUAAUUGUAGUUUAUGGUAGAGACAUAUGUAGUCUUUAAACUACAGCAGAACAUGACACUGUCUAGCCUGAAGAAUCGGCUCGUUAGUUUGUGACUGAAAAUAAUGAGGCAUUGUGCAGUUUUAAAGUGAAGGCAACACCUGACAGAUAAGCCAAGACCCCUAUAGGAAUGCAGGAGGGUUUGUGGAAACGGCAAGCCAGAGACGUUUGAUGCGAGGGUACAAGGGCAGUGUGUUCUCAGUGGUCACUUCAUUAGGUGCUCCUAUCUGGACCUCGUGGGUCCAAUUUUGCCUUCAGAACCACUUAAAGGUAGAAUGAGUUGUACUUUCAUUUGGCUGUACUUUGGCACACCACAGCAGAACAAUGAAAUGCGUCCUCUGCAUGUAGCACAUAUGUGACAUUAUUACAUAGCAGAGGGUAUCUAUUUAGCUGCUCAGACAGCAGUGCAUGGGGUUAGUACCUUGCUGGUCAGGGAUUUGAACCAGCAACCUUUCACUCACAGGCACUCUUCCCUAACCAUUAGGCCACCGCUGCCCCAUAACAACUGUUAUGUUUCUUUGUGACCUUUCUGUUAGCUUUGAGAGAGGCCGUUCUCCUCUGACCUCUUUCACAAACAAAAAAGCCACUGACCAGAUAUUACUUGUUGCAGACAUCGUUCUUUUCAAGGUCACUGCAGUGUGUGAAAAUCCCAGGACGGCGGCUUGUUUCUGAGAUGCUGGCCUCACCAAGCAUGGCCCCAGCAGUCAUAUAACAUCCAGAAUCACUUUCAUCAGACUUUUGACUGAGUCUGCAUACUAUAUGUAUUUACUUGUAGCCCUAUGAUAGGACCAGGUUGCAUUAGCCUGCAAGUGUAUCUAAUGAAUUGGUCAUUGAAUAUAAGUAAGACCAUGAAAGUAGGUAGGGAAAGACUGAGUGGACGGCAGAAAGCAUUGGGUUCGAACCAGGGUUAGGGUUUGAAAAAUAGGGAACAAAGCGCAUGAAUUCAGCACAAUCGUUUUGUAUCGGGUGGAGUGCAUGCAUUUGCUGUUUACAGAAACCUAAAAAGUAUACUCUGCCACUCCAGAAAUAGGAUUCUUUGGUGUAUAACAAAGAACAGAACUGAAUUGAGACCUGGAAUUUUAAAUAUUAGGUCACAUGACUCUGCUCAUCCAAUAGAAACGUGGUAAAAACAUAAAUCAGGUGUGGCGUCCUGAUGCAUGUGUUUUGUGGUAUAAAAGCUCCAGUGAUCCAUCUUGCCAGUGAAAGGUUCUGACAAGUAUUUUUACUUUUAACUAGAUGACAAACUAACAGGCUGCAGGGUAAACCUUGGAGAGAAAGGCGGGUGAGAUCUCCAGGUGCAGCCACUCACUGACUUCCUCACCUGAAACCGUUUGUGUAUAAGCUGCCUUCUCCAGCAUUGCAGAAGGUUUGUCAGGCUGAGCGAGCGGGUCGCGGUAGCUGUUUCCUUUUUCACGCGGCACGUUUUGCUGAGCAUGGAGGAGGAGGCGGCUACGUUAGAUAUCCUGGAGGAUACCAUGGACUCCUUCAGCACUAAGAACCUGGCUCUCCAGGCUCAGAAGAAGUUGAUGAGCAAGAUGGCUACAAAGACCAUGGCCAACAUGUUCAUCGAUGACACUAGCAGUGAGGUGCUGGAUGAGCUUUACCGUGUGACCAAGGAGUACACUCGCAAUCGAAAGGAGGCACAGAAGAUCAUCAAGAACCUCAUCAAGAUGGUGGUGAAGCUGGGCGUGCUUUACCGAAACAACCAGUUCAACAGCGAGGAGUUAGUGCUGGUGGAAAAUUUCCGCAAGAAGGUGCAUACCCUGGCCAUGACUGCAGUCAGCUUCCACCAGAUCGAAUUCACCUUUGACCGACGGGUAAUGAGCACUAUUCUUAACGAGUGUCGUGAGCUACUGCACCAAGCCAUCAACCGGCACCUCACGGCGAAGUCUCAUUCCCGCGUCAACCAUGUGUUCAACCAUUUUGCCGACUGCGAUUUCCUGGCCGCACUGUAUGGUCCGUCGGAGAUCUACCGUCCACACUUGCAAAAAAUCUGCGAUGGCCUUAACAAGCUACUCGACGAAGGCAGCCUUUGACCCCUGGACAUGUGUGCUGCCACUUCUCUUUUAAUAAUGUCUGUGGACGUUUUCAUGUUUUUGUUCAUGUUUGCCCCUCAAGUUACACUGUGUAUAGAACCCAUGGAUACAAGUCUGGUCCAGAGGUUCAUUUCCUCCUUGAAUAUGAGAACUAAAUACUUGUUGGAUAAAUGUAAAAUACCAAGGUUCAGAGCAUGGUUUUCAAAAUUCUUACAUCCUCUUCUCUCUCGAGCUGUUUCACAAGACUACUUUCCUCUUCAGCUGUUAAGUUUGUUCCCCCCCGUUGAACUGAGAUGAUCAUUGUAAAGGUGAAGUGUUCCAGCUGACGGAUUGUGUCGUGUAAUAAAUCUCAUGAAGGUUUUUAUAUGUUCAGCGAACCCUUUUCACAGCAAAAGAUCUUGGAGAGCCUUUUUUUCUCAGUGUUCAUUUUUCUGAGUGUUGGAGAGUCAGACUGGAAGACUGGUAACUAUGUUCUGUUUGCAGGCCUAGGAAACGCUUCAUUUAAUGCAAGAUAAGUCGUCUGUGAAUUGCUCAGGCAAGUUGUAAUGGAGAAGUUCAAAAAGCAGCUUUAUCUGGUUCAUCCUUUUGCUGUUUCUGUUGUGAUUGUCAGCCCCCCCCCCCCCCCCCACUGCUCAAUGUGACCAAGGAGAAUGAUGGGAAGAGUUCUCCUGACGUGAUUCUUACUUCAUACUAUAGCACACGUGAUUUCUCCUUUUGUUAAUGUGAUUACUUGGUGUUUGAGCCUUUUCCAGCGAUUUCUUUGCUUUAGUUGAAGGAAGAAGCUGUUCCUUGCACACAUGAGCAUGAAGUACUAUGACAUGCGCACAGUAAUUCAGCUAGUUAAGUGGACAACUGUUUUAUGACAAGCCAUGACCCCAGCCUGAAAAAUGACAUUUAGGGGUAAUCUCUAUGUUUCAAACCUUUAUCCAAAAUGUAACUCCUGCGCUUAGCCUCAUAUUUUUUUCGGAGGGUGGGGGAUGUUAUCAGCGUGUCAUUGUACAUACUACUUGACUGUUCCUGGAUGCCUUUUACUAGCUGGGGGGCCUUGGAAAUGUGCGCUGAUGCUGAGACAGUUUUAGAAAACGUGGCGUCUCAGGGUAAAUCUCCUGAGGUUUCUGCUUGUUGUUAGUCAACAGUUGCACCAUUGUGAAUUUGGUCAGCGAAUUACAUUUUCCACAAGCUACUGUGCUGAUGCUAUUAUUUUCCAUGAUAUAUAUAUAUAUAUAUAUUUUUUUAUAUUUAGUUCUAUGUAAUCUUGUGUUGGUUCAUUUAGACUUUCCUGGUUUUUCUGAACAAAUAUCUGUAAAUGGUGGUUUUAGUGCCUUUUGUUACUUUUCUGAUGGAAAAAUAUCCGACUUAUUUUUUAAGAAAUAAAUUGUUCAUCUUUUCUGUAAUGGCUCAGGGAACAGUGAAUUUAAAAGCUGUGCUUAAUGUCAUUUGGACAGAGUAGCUGCUUUGGGCCCCAGAGCUUAUUUCAUGCCCCUCCACCCCCCGCCUUUGCUUGUGUGUCUUAUUUCACAGAGCUGCAGGGUUUUUCUGGUUUUACACAAUCUCUUAUGGUUUUACACAUUCUCUUACAGACUUUUUCUGGAGUUUCCAAUAUUUGUACUUUAACAACACAAUGGCCCACCAAGGAGGUUUGUCAGUCGGGCUUAAGCACUGAGAUCUGUGUGAAAGUUUUAUUUUAUCACGUUUCCGGCCAAACUUUUUUCCUGCUCCACAUGAAGCGAUUCUUCUUUCAUGAACGUCGGCGAUGGCAUGAUAAUUAAAUGGUUACAGAACAAAAGUGCAACAUCACAAGAAAGAAUAUUAAUGUUUUAAUGAUUCAUAAAAAGAGCUUUCAAGUCGGCCAAUUAUUGUGGUUAAUUGUAAAAGCACAUAUUACUUGAAAGUGCUUGGCAAAUGUGUCUCCAUAGAAACAUGGUUGUGAAAACGGCCAGUAUUUCUAAAUGAUCCGAAAAUAUCUGUAGCUGAGAUUCUUUAAGAGGGAGUUGUGCUCCUGAAAUAAUCUUACGUAGUUUUAGUAGGACAUCCUAAGAACACCGCUCUGCUCCUGUUUUAAACAUAUUUGUGGUAAAAAAGAACUAUUAUUCCUUUACUUGCAGACUUGGCUUCACGACCUUGAAUGGUUCGUUAUUUUAUUCCAUUUUGAUGUAUCAUUUUCUCCUUCCUGCUAGUAAAUACGUCCUGAAGGUUAAUUAACAAUAGUUUGUAUUGGAAUUGCUUUCAAUUUAAUCUUUUUUUUUGUCUUUUAUUUAAGUAUUUUAUUUCAUGCCUUUAACUAUAUUGUUUAAGAUUUGUAAUUGCCCCAGAAGCAUCUUUGGAUAAGUACAAAAUGCUUUAUGGUUAUGCAUGGAUAUGUGGGAUAUGCUUUAAUUUAAAAGCAACAUUAAAAUAUAAUUGACGAUUCA